AUGAGUGAUUUCCUACUGAGACCAAUUAAACACCGCCAGAGGGAUGAGAGCAAAUACGUGACGGUGGAGUCUGCUGGCGGAUCGGUAUCCAAGAUCGAACCCAUCGCAGAUUUUGUCAUAAAGACAAAACUAAUAUCAGGUAAUGGUGCCGACAAGUUACAGGAAGGAAGAAAGGUCUUUAUUAAUGUGUGCCAUUCCCCGUUAGUACCCAAACCAAAGACUGAGUUUGACGCAAGGAUAGUAUUCCCUCUCAUCAUCCAGAACGAAUGGGAAAUUCCAAUUAUUACAUCUUGUUACCGUAUUGAUCGUGACAAGAAGGGACAAGAGUGUUGUGUAUGGGAUUGUUGCAUAAACAAUGACUGCUCGCGCUGGAUAUCUGAAGAUAUCCAGCUGCGGGAAAUACUGAUUGAGUGGUGCUUGGAGUCGUGUGAGGUCCGGGAUUCAGUGCUGCUAUGCAGAGACCGCAUUGCUUUUCCCAAGAUGAAGCAGAAGGGAACUGAGAUUCCUGCGUUAGAGAUAUUGAAUGAGGAGCUUCAGCAGGAUUACAAGACAGAAAUGCACAAGAUCAUAGAGAAGGAGGCUAGUGAUCCGAUGAGUAUGUUGAGAGGAGUGCACGACGAUAGUCAGGAUGAUGAUGACUACAAUGGUGGUAUAUUGCCACCAUUGUUUCCUACCGCGAAGAAGACAUCCGGACUCAAGAUAGUGGAGAUAGACAAGAGUGAGAUCGCACGCACGAAGAAGAAGAAAACAGCCGCCGCGCAGGAGCAGGAGGACACGCCCGAAUACGAAGUGAAGAUGAAGAGGUUCAAUGACAUGGACUACAACCUGCGAAUCCUCAUUGAGAAUAAAGCCAAGAAUUCGAAACCAGACCAGUUCUCCCCGAGUUACAACCUGGCUGAAAACGUUUUACAUAUUAAUGACAAGUUAAGCAUACCCUUGCCGCACGAUAUAGUUGGGAGUGCAGCAGAUAUCAAGAUCUUCCACAUUCCCAAAGAACGCAAACUGUACAUAUAUAUUUAG